AUGGCUGAGCAGAUAAGUCAUAAGAAAUCACUGCGGGUGAACCGUUUAAACAAGGACAGACGAUUGUUAUUGAAGGAGUAUUAUAAACUGGAGGAGGGAACAGAACCAGAACCAGAACCAGAGAUAAAUGGAGAAACGAAAGAAGGGCAAGAACAAGAGCAGAAAUCACAGCAGAGGAUACCAUCCACUGUAGAUACACCAGAACCUACUGUAGUAGCGACACCGAUGGAGGAUAAACCAGUUUCAUCUCUCACGUUCAAGGAACUGAUCCAGAUCCACAAUAAACUGCUGAGCAAGGAGACAGAGACCAACAACACCAUCAAGAACACCAUCUACGAGAACUACUACGACCUGAUCAAGGUGAACGACCUGCUCAAAGAGGUCCGACACGCCAAAUCCGACGAGGUGGCCCAGUUGAAGCAGUGUGUGGAUCUGCUGAGGGAUGAGUUCUGA